AUGAUUUACGGAGAGCAAAAUUAUUAUUUGCUUGAAUUAGAUGAAUUUGGUGAACAUUCACCCAGUGGUUCAGUAAUCGAAUGUGAAAUGCCAUCUGAGAAACAAGCUGAAUUUGGUGAACAUUCACCCAAUGGUUCAGUAAUCGAAUGUGAAAUGCCAUCUGAGGAACAAGCUGAAUUUGGUGAACAUUCACCCAGUGGUUCAGUAAUCGAAUGUGAAAUGCCAUCUGAGGAACAUCUGCAACACUGA